AUGCACGGCCUAGGUCCGAAUCCCGAUGGGGACAUAGCACAAAAAACACAUUGCUACAUUACAGCUCGUAAAACAGCAGUCCUAGUAACAGGCCUGUCUUGCCUGUUGAUAUACAACUACUACACGAGCAGCGUCGUCAGCUGGCUGCUGAACGGUCCACCGCCCUCCAUCAACUCCCUAGAAGAACUAUUGGAAAGCCCACUGGAUCUCAUCUAUGAGGAUAUCGGGUACACACGGUCUUGGUUACAGACACCUUCCUAUUAUUAUAACAAAAGAAACGCGAAAGUAGAAGAUGAGAUGCGUAAAAGGAAAGUAUUAAACAAGAAGAAAGACGCUCUACUUUUGAUGCCAGUCAAUGAUGGCAUCGAAAUGGUUAAAGCUGGAGGGUACGCUUACCAUACAGAAGUGAACACAGCCAACAUGUUGAUAUCUCGCAAGUUCACUCAGAGCGAACUCUGUGAGUUGGGAUCGCUACAAUCUAUGGAGAAGACACUUCUCUUCCCUACUGUACAGAAGAACAGCCCUUAUAAGGAAUUCUUUACUUGGAGCCUCAUUCGCCUGAAAGAACGCGGCAUAGUCUCCUGCAUCCAGCAUCGUAUGGAGUCUACCUCUGUCUCCUGUGAAGGUAGCUCUCCAAGAGCUCUGGCACUUGGUGGUGCAGCGCCAGCCUUCCUACUGCUUGCUUUUGGAUAUCUACUUGCCACUGGCAUCAUGCUUUUGGAGAGAGUUUUCUACAGACACUUAAACAAGAAGAUGUAA